UCUUUCAUAGCCGCCGGUGAAAGAGCGGAGACUGGCUACUGGUGAAAAUGGCUUUGAGAGCAGCCGUACUUCGACACGUGAGAGUCCCCGUCCAAACCCUAAGCGAAUUAAUUCCUCGGCAAUGGAGUCUCGGCGGUCCCGUUCGGUUGAUGUCGUCGCACGACGAUCAUAUCACCAAAGAAGAGGUCAUUGCAAGAGUUCUCGACGUCAUCAAGAGUUUCCCUAAGGUCGAUCCUUCCAAGGUUUCUCCUGAUGUGCAUUUCCAGAAGGACUUGGGCUUAGAUAGCUUGGAUAAUGUGGAGAUUGUAAUGGCGCUAGAGGAAGAGUUCAAGCUUGAGAUUCCAGACAAAGAGGCUGAUAAGAUUGACUCUACCGCUCUGGCCAUUGAGUACAUCUCUAACCAUCCAAUGUCUAGUUAACUUUUCUGCAAGGGGGUUCUUUUAAUGAAAAGUUGUGGAACGCAACAUUCUGUGCCACCUUGCUUUGUUUCAGUUGUUGAUUGUUUGUAUGACACCAAUCCCUGUAAUGGGAUGGAAAUAAUCUGAACCUGUUUGAGAACAAUUAGUUUUUAUUGGACUAGCAUUUUUCAAUGAUGUAACCCUUCUUCUUUAUAAACCUCCGUAUUUCUCUUUGCAAUGUAUUUUCUUUGGUUGCAUGA